AUGAAACUUUCCAUCCUCGCCCUUUCCGCCUCGGCUUCUUCCGUCGGCCGCGUUCGUCGCCAAAUCGACCAGGGCCCACGACGAUACAGUCAGCUCAUGGACCAGAUGACGGCAUACAAUGAGAACUUUGACGAGCGGGACUACUGGACUUACGGAUGCCACUGUUUCUUCCUUGGUGAUCGACCAAUGACUCAAAUGGGCAAGGGCGCACCUGUCGAUGCCCUUGACUCUGUCUGCAAGCAGUACAAAGAGUGCCUCAAGUGCGCUCGAGAAGAGUUCGGAGAAAUGUGCAUUGGUGAAUUCGUUUCAUACGGUCUCAAGUUGAAGAACGGACCAACAUGCACCGACUCUGCCGGUACUUGCGGACGAUCUCUUUGCGAAUGCGACAAGCGAUUUGCUCAACAACACGUCGAGGCGACGCCGGUAUUCAACCAGAACUACCACCAGUUCUGGACCAAGACUGGAUUCGAUGUUGACGAAAACUGCGUUCCAAGCGGCAAUGGUCCCAGCGAACCCCAGUGCUGUGGAAAAUCUGAUUCAUUCUCCGUGAUCUACAACUCCUUGAACAAGCAAUGCUGCGAUGGAAGUGUCAAGACAAUCGGAUCUUGCUAA